AUGGAUAAAAAUGAAGUAUGUGUUGUGAUGGUGCCUUUUAUAGCACAAGGCCACCUCAACCAGCUCCUCCACCUCUCCCGACUUAUCUCCGCCUACGAUCUCCCCGUCCAUUUCGUCUGCGCCACCACCUACAGCCGUCAGGCCAAGCUUCGCAUCCAUGGUUGGGACCCUCUUUCCGACUCCAACAUCCACUUCCACGAGUUCCUCGUACCCUCCUUCCCUAACCCUCCACCCAACCCCAACGCCGCCAUACGCUUCCCGGCCCACCUUAUGCCGUCGUUCAAAGCGGUGAUGCACCUCCGUGACCCUUUCGCUAAACUGUUAUCCGAUCUCUCGAUCACCACUAAACGAAUUGUUAUCAUUCAUGACUACUUGAUGAGUUCCGUCGUUCAAGACUUUGUCACCGUCCCUACCGCCGAGGUUUACAUGUUCCAAAGCUGUUCUGCUUUCUGUGCCUUUUGGUAUCAUUGGGAGGUGACACAAACCCUAAGUUUGGAUGCUGAAACUGAAUCUAUCUGGAAGAAGGUCCCAUCGUUGGAAGGAUGUUUCACCGAUGAAUUCUUAGAGUUGAUGGAUUCUGAAGACUCGUCGUUCAAGAAGAUCAGCUCCGGUACCCUUUACGACACCAGUAAAGUGUUAGAAGAAAAGUUUCUGGAAUUACUUAAAAUCGAAGAGAUCUCCGGUACGUCGAAGAAUUGGGCCAUCGGUCCGUUUAAUCCGGUGGGGUUCACUGAACGGAAAGAUUCCGGUACUGAAUCCAACAGGUUACUGAUCAAUUGGCUCGAUAAACAAAAGGCGAACUCGGUCAUUUAUGUUUCAUUUGGGACCACGGUUUCGUUCACCGACGAAGAAGCCAAAGAAAUCGCUAUUGGAUUGGAAGAAAGCGGCCAAAAGUUCAUAUGGGUGGUGAGGGAUGCCGAUAAAGGCAACAUCUUUGCCGGAGAAGAUCGGAGAAUCGAGCUGCCGGAAGGGUAUGAAGAGAGGAUAGAACGGCGGGGGGUGGGGGUGGUGGUGAGAGGUUGGGCACCGCAGAUUGAGAUACUGGGGCAUCCAUCGACGGGUGGGUUUAUGAGUCAUUGCGGUUGGAAUUCGUCGAUGGAAGCUAUAUCGAUGGGGAUUCCGAUAGCUGCAUGGCCGAUGCAUGCAGACCAACCGAGGAAUGCAACGCUGAUCACGGAGUUGCUUGGAACGGGGAUAUAUGCAAGGGAAUGGGCACGUAGAGAUGAGAAGGUGGCGGCGUCGAUGGUGGCGGAAGCGGUUCGACGGUUGAUGGUGUCGGAGGAAGGGUGUGGCAUAAGAAAGAAGGCGGCGGAACUUGGUGGUGUUGUACGGCGAUCGGUGGAAGAUGGUGGCGUUAUGCGUAAGGAAUUGGAUGCUUUCGUUGCUGAAAUCACCAGACCAUAAGAUAUAUGUAGUCCAAUAAUUUAAAACCAUUGAUGAAGUCGUAUGCUUA